UGACAAGAAAGAACACAGGCUGAUACUCUUUAUGGAAAGACUGUAUGCUGAAAGAGGAAACGUUUGUCUAUUUUUCUUUUCUGUUUGCUGUAACUACUAAAUUCAUUGUAGUACUGUAUAUGGGAAGACUUUCAACAUGGGUGGCCAUAUACAGCAGCCGCCCAUGCUUGACCCAGCUAUUUGCCAGUAAGCAGGAACCAACUGAAAGCCUCAAACAAAGGUAAUCUAAAGAAACAAUGUGCAUACAGAAGGCAGAACUGAUGUUCUCCAGACCUAUUCUCAAGGGCUUUCUCUGUUUCAUCCUCUUUGUAUUCCAGUCUGGUAGCUCAGACAAAGUCCAAAAAGUGAUUGCCAAACUAGGGGAUGAAGCCAAACUUCCCUGCAACUACAGGAUACCUCCAGGGGAAUCCAUAACGAAUUACAACAUUUAUUGGCAAACCCCUGAAAAGCCUACACCUCUGGUUGUAAACUUUUAUGUAAAAGACGAAGAAGACGACCAUAUAGAUGUUCGUUACAAGAACAGGACAAAGAUAAAUGAGCAGAAUCUUACACUUUCCAUUUUUUCAGUGAAGGUUUCAGAUGAACGUACAUAUGAAUGCAUCAUCAUAAAAGAUGUAUUAGUAUCUAAAUCACGUGUUGAUUUAUCUGUGGUUGCUCAUUUUAGCAAGCCCAUCAUAAAUGAGAAACCUUUGAAUGCCUGCGGACCAGUAUGGCUGACACUAACAUGCACUUCUGAUGGAGGAUAUCCAAGGCCUAUGAUGUUAGGAUCAAUCAAUAAUAACACUGAGACAUGGCAUACUAUUACCACACAAGACAAUAAAACUGGACGUUUUCAAAUUACUGGCAACUUGCAGCACAACAUGACUGAAAAUAUCCUGGUCCACUGUUCAGUUGAAUAUCAAGAUCUCAAAGUGUCUACCAACUUUAGCUUGUCAAUGUGUCCAUUGCCUCCAAUGCCUCCUUCGUAUGGGAUCAUUAUUGCUUCUGCUGUGCUCUUCAUUUUCCUUCUAGCUGGAGUACUACUGAGAAUAUUAUGUUACUGCCACACCUGCAAAUAUUCGAGGUCUUCUCACCCCGUCAGAUCUUUUCAGCUAGUGGCAACAGCAGAAAUGACACCACAGCAGCUCUCCAAUGAGGCAUCAAGAACAGUAUCUUAAUCAUACUCGACUUGGGAGAACUCCUCUCAAGCAUUGGGCUCGACAGACCUGUUUCCUGACAAAAUCAGAUGUUCAGCAUGAUAUAAUUUGUUGGGGGUGGGGAGAACCCUCCUACCAGGUGAUAGUUAAGUCACAAAUUUGCCUUUAACAAGCCAUCUCCCCAUGUACAGCAGAAGGAAAUAAUUACAUGGAAAACUGGGCAUGAUCCUAACCCUAAGAGUGGCUCCACUAAGGUCAACAGUUUAUCCAUAGUUCUUGCACUUUUGUACUGUCGUUAUAAUAAAGACUCAGUAAGGAACAAAUUAAGCUGCAUUGAAGAGGUGGACCUGCAACUUGUAGCUGUUCUGUGCAAUUUGCAGCAGAAGAAGGGAAGAUACAGGACAAAUUCUGAAGUUGGAUAAAGCAUAUCCGAAGAAUAAUUUUGUUGCCUGCUAUGUAGGGAAAGAGUGGUUCUUGUUUUGGAAUUUCCCCUUAAAUGCAGCUUGUGCACAAUUUCUUUCCUGUUUAGAACACAAAAACAAGAAACUAUACCUUAUAGCAUAGCUGUAUUGUCUUUGUUGCUAUAGUAUAGCCUUUUAAAAAGAACAAAUGUUAAGUAUAGCAAGUGCUGCUUUCUCAUUGGCCAGAUAAGUACAUAUUUUGUGUAUUUAUUGGCUACUGUUCUGACAACCUUUAAUGGUAUACAUAAAUGUAAGUAUAAAUAUAAGGUUUGUGUAUGUCUGUGUGGCAGGAUAAGAUACCUUAGGCACCCUUAAGUUUCUUAAUUGACUUAUUAUUCAGUUGUACUGUGCCAUCUGCUUUUAAGUAUCUACUUCUGUGACAGACUAUUGAAUGAGAAAAUGCUAAAUGAUAAGGAUAUUGUGGAGAAUGGACUAGGAAAAAAACUUGCAUGGAAAGGUAGUGGAGAUAAGCUGGACACAAAAAAUGGGAAUUUCAAAAUCAUUUGCGAGGCUCAGUCAUUCUUACAUUUAAACCCACCUCACCCCACCCUCCAGGGUUCCUGUAUAUUCAGGUGUUUUUUUUUUCCACAAACUGACUCACAUUCUGGUUUCAUGUUUAGUGUUAUAAAUAGGUCAGUAGUGAGAAGUGAAUCUGGUAGUGUAGCUAAAGCUCGACCUCUGACCUGAAAUCCAAUAGCCUCGAACUAGGCAUGUUAGAGAGAAAUCCUUAAUUUUUUACAUUAAACAUAUAUUUAUAUGAUAUGUGUGUUUCAAGUUAAAAUAAAGAGGUUAAGGUGAGUUAUCUUAAGCAAAUUGGGCAAGCUCUCAAGUCUUGAUGGUGCUAGACCUGAAUUUAGAAAAUGAUUUUUUAUUAUUAUGCUAGAUUAAUUUGUUUAGCGUCAGGAUAACAGAUGCAAGCUAUUUUAUUUCUAUAGUUUUGAUGGUGCUAUGCGAUUUGAGUCUGGAAUGGAAAACUGUUCAGAUAAUUUAAUUUUUUUUUUAGGAAGAGCCAUCAAACAAUGAUGAGAGUUUUCAUUUUGUUCAGCCCUAUCAGGAAUAUAGAAUAAAGGAACAUUUGUAUAGUACAGAACAUUUAGGGCUGGGGGGGGGGAGAGAAUUUUUAGUUUUGACCUUCACAACUAAAGUAAAGACCAUCUCCAGUGUUUCCCAUGAGGCCAUAAAGCCCAGGGUCUAAAACUACCUAGCUGAGGUGAUCUCCACAAACAUUCUUUUGUAAGUCAUCCAGUAGAGAUUCUACUGCUAGGGACUUAACGUGGCCCUUUAUAUAUUCCUGAACUGCUAUUCCCAUCCUCCCUAGCUGACACAGGAAAUGAUGAGGGAAGUUGCACUUUAAAAACAUCCUGACAGUCACACACUUCCCACCAUGCUAUAAGUGCUUAAGCUGCAGUAUUUUGCUGCCUAUUAAGCUUACAUGUUGAUUUUUGUAGGCAGUUGUGUGUGUGUGUGUGAAGUUGAUUCCAAUUUACAGCAGCUCUUCCCAGGGUUUUCUAGGUACAUA